CGCUGGGUCUGCGGGCAGCUCCGGUUCUGGGUUCGCUGGGUGCGCAGGAAGGUAUUUGAAAAGAAAAUGCUGUUCGUUAGGAUGCUGAGGCGAGUGGGGCAGAGCCCAGCCUGUGGCUGUUGGACACCUGUCCUGCCGGUCCGCUUUCUGGGCGUCUCUCCUCGGCAAAUUCCAGCAGAUGCUAACUUCCACUCUGCGUUUUUCUCUGGCACAGACCAUCCGCGAGUCUUAAUUACAGGGGGUCUUGGCCAGCUGGGAGUGGGGCUUGCUAAUCUUUUGAGGAAACGAUUCGGAAAGGACAAUGUGGUUUUGUCUGACAUAAGGAAACCGCCCGAUCAUGUCUUUCACAGUGGUCCGUUCAUUUAUUCUGAUAUCUUGGAUUACAAGAAUCUUCGGGAGAUUGUGGUAAACAACCGCAUCACCUGGCUGUUUCAUUACAGCGCUUUGCUCAGCGCCAUUGGAGAAGCAAAUGUUUCCCUGGCGAGGGCAGUGAAUAUAACUGGCCUGCAUAACAUCCUGGAUGUCGCUGCGGAACACAAUCUGCGAUUGUUUGUGCCUAGCACGAUCGGGGCCUUUGGACCCACCUCUCCGCGGAACCCAACCCCCGAUCUCUGUAUUCAGAGACCCAGGACCAUCUAUGGGGUGUCCAAGGUCCACGCAGAGCUCAUGGGAGAAUAUUAUCAUUACCGGUAUGGGUUAGAUUUCCGAUGCCUGAGAUAUCCUGGAAUCAUUUCAGCUGACUCCCAGCCUGGAGGAGGAACAACUGACUAUGCAGUCCAGAUUUUUCAUGAUGCCGCAAAGCAUGGCAAAUUCGAGUGCAACCUGGAAGCCCGCACAAGGCUGCCGAUGAUGUACAUUGACGACUGCCUCAGGGCCACCCUGGAGGUCAUGGAGGCCCCGGCCGAGUCCCUCUCCAUGAGGACCUACAAUGUCAGCGCCAUGAGCUUCACACCCGAGGAGCUGGCCCAGGAGGUCCUCAAGCACGUGCCGGAAUUCCAGAUCACAUACAACGUGGAUGCCGUUCGGCAGGCCAUAGCGGAUAGUUGGCCAAUGAAAUUUGAUGACAGCAAUGCUCGGAAGGACUGGGGGUGGAAACACAAUUUUGAUCUUCCAGAGUUGGUGACUACCAUGUUGAACUUCCAUGGUUCUGAAACCAGAGUUGCCCAAGCCAACUGAAAGAAUCUGAAAGAGGAGCUCCUGUGUCCUGGUCCACUGUCAAAGGAGAACUGUCACGACUCCAAGGUUAUAGACUCCAAGGAGCCUACAUUAUUUGGAACUGACUAAUUGGACUAAAAUUUGGCAGCUCAUAUUGAACUGCUAGACAAAGAAUGGAGUUUAACAUUGAAGCAUUUUCGGAAUCUUGUAGGCAUAUGGUGGGGAGACUUCUCAGUUUUUGGUGUUUGCCUGAACUUGGCUAAACACAUUCCACAGAAUAAGACUUAAGUCAUCAUUAGUUUCCAUUUCCUUCAUUAGGAUGAAGUGACCACUUCUGGGACGAAGGGAGUGUGUGACAUUUGUAUUUAAUUAAAUUCAAUUUAAAUAUU